CCUACGUGCGUUCGUGCAGUGAGGGGGCACGCGGUGGCCAUCGGCGGGGAGAGCGCGCCCGUCCGAGGCGUCUGGACGCGCGGCGGCGGCGGCCAGAAGGAUCUCGAUUGAGGUGGUCGGGGGAGGCCCUGGCCUCGGCAGCAGCGAGAGGAGGGUCGGUUCGGUCCUUCGGGAGGAGAAGGGGCUGCGAGGGCUCCGGACGAUGCCGCGGGCCGACAUGGCCUCCCUGAUCCAGAAGAUCGCCCGUCAAGCCCGCUCCACCUUCAAGGUGCUGCCGUCGGGCGACGCCACCACCUUCCAGGACAACCUCGCCCAGCUGCGUAAGCUGCUGGAGAAGAUCCGGGCCGAGGACCUCAACCUGGGCGCUCGGAGGAACGGCGGGCAGCCUCACCAGGGACCUCCGGUCACCUACAUGCACAUUUGCGAGACCGACUGCUUCUCCAUGGGGGUGUUCCUGCUGCAGAGCGGCGCCUGCAUCCCGUUGCACGACCACCCGGGUAUGCACGGCUUGCUGAAGGUGCUGUUCGGCCAGGUGACCGUCAAGUGCUUCGAUAAGGAGGAGGAGGAGAGGGAGGCGGCGGGCGCGGACAGCGUGCAGUUCAACCCGCCGCUGUUGCAGUGCCAGCGGGCGGCGCUACGGAGGUCGCUGCGGAGGUCGAGCGCCGUGCUGAGCGAGGCGAGCGACCCGUGCCUGCUCACCCCGCUGCAGGGCAACAUGCACCAGAUCGAGGCGAGGGACGGGCCCGCCGCUUUCCUGGACAUUCUGGCGCCUCCGUACGACCCGGACGAGGGGAGGGACUGUCACUAUUUCGAGGUGUUGCAGGUGUCGGAGAACGCGGGGAAUUCUAGCCCCCCACCGCAGCAGCAGACACCGCCACCGCAGCCGGUGUGGCUCCUGGAGGUGCCGCAACCUGCCGACUUCUGGUGCGGUGGGGAGCCUUACCCUGGUCCCAAGGUCUCUCCAUAAUGGAACACUUGACAGGGAGAGAAUAGUAACGUACUUUCAUGGUGUCUCCAGCUCCUUUCCCUCCUUUGUACAGCGAUGAAUUCUUUAAUGUGCUUUUCGCAGGUCAUUUUAGUAUCUUUAUUAGACAUCCCAAGCUUCCACUGAAGACUAAAGAAACUUUAAAGCCUGGGGUUUCUUGGUAAUGCGGGCAUACGUGUGUAAUAGGUUACACACUUUAUAUUGGCUUAGAUCUAUUUCGGCUCGGUUUUCAGUCUAUUCUAGCACUUGGUGGCAUAUAGCCCAUUCAUUGCAUGUAUUUACUGGAAUUUCGUCGCUAAGUAUUCACUUAAUCAAAUAUUAGUUAACUGAAAUACUAGCUCCAUUGAACUUCCAUUUCCUUUCCUCUAUUCAUUAUUAAUUUAUUCAAAUGUAUGUGAGGUGUUUUUGUUUAUUUUUGCCCUAAGUAUAUAGUUUGAGAACAAACAUUCUUUUCCCAGUAAGAACAAAAACACUACUGGUAGCAUUUACUAAUAACAGUGGGGUAUUUUUCUGUACAUCUAACCAAAUUUUAUUUUCCCAUAGAGAAUCAUUUAGAUGUCUUUUCAAGUAGUCAGCAAUCUGAACAUUUGACAGCCAUCAGAAGAUACACUUGAAGAUUUUUGUCAUUGUUGUUUAAAGGAGUUGCAUCCAAA